AUGCUCUUUGGGCUGGCUGCCAUGGAGCUGAAGGUAUGGGUGGAUGGCAUCCAACGUGUGGUCUGUGGGGUCUCGGAGCAGACCACCUGUCAGGAAGUGGUCAUCGCACUUGCCCAAGCGAUAGGCCAGACCGGUCGCUUUGUUCUGGUGCAGCGCCUGAGAGAGAAGGAGCGGCAGAUGUUGCCCCAGGAGUGUCCAGUGGGCGCCCAGGCCACCUGUGGCCAGUUUGCCAGUGACGUUCAGUUUGUCCUGAGGCGGACAGGGCCCAGCCUGGCUGGGCGGCCCUCCUCUGACAGCUGUCCACCCCCUGAGCGCUGCCCAGUUCGUGCCAGCCUCCCCCCGAAGCCACGGCCAGUGCUGGGCCGGGAGCCCUGUAAAGCACUCAGUGUGGGUCACCCCGAACUGGUCCUAAGCCACGGGGUCCCCGAUCCUGCGGCCACGGUCAUGUCCGUGCCAGGCUGCUGCACCGACCUGCAGGGCCUGGAGCAGAGGGUACAGAGAAAUGCCGCAGAGCUGGGCCAAGAAGCCUUUUGGGAGCAAGAGCUUCGGAGGGAGCAGGCUCGCGAGCGUGAGGGACAGGCCCGCCUGCAGGCCCUAAGUGCCGCCACUUCGGAGCACGCUGCCAGGCUACAGGCCCUGGACGCCCAGGCCCGAGCCCUAGAGGCUGAGCUGCAGCUGGCCGAAGAGGCCCCCGGAUCCCCGUCCUCUGCGACAGAGCGGCUUCGUCAGGACUUGGCUGCCCAGGAGCGACACAGCAUGGAGGUGCAGGGCAGUCUGGUCCUAGUGAGCAGGGCUUUACAGGCUGCCGAACAUGCCCUGCAGGCCCAGGCUCAGGAGCUGGAGGAGCUGAACCGGGAGCUACGUCAGUGUAACUUACAACAGUUCAUCCAACAGGCAGGGGCUGCGCUGCCGCCCACCCCACGACCCGAGAGGGCCCCCCCGAGCACGCAGGACUUGCUGCCUCCAGCCAGACAAGGACUCCUACUGGGAGCUCCCCUGAGCCCCAUCCUAGUGCCCAGCCUGAGCCCCGAGGUGGCCCCCAUGAGGCAAAACUCCUGGAGCCUGCACCCCAGUGGCAGCAGGAAUGUGGGAAUUAGGGCAGGUGGGGCCACAGACGGUGUCCACCUCCCAGUGACCGCAGGCCCUCCAACCUCCACCUUGACACAUCUCGAGGGUGGCUUCUAUGCUCUCAGCUACACAGUCUGGACUGAAGAAGAUACAGCAGUUAUGUUCCCCUUCCCCACCCUGUGUACCUCCAAACCACCCUGUUUUGAAGUGGACACAGGCCCUCUGCCCUCACUUCUCCCGGCCUUGGCUCGGCCCCUCGGCCCCCCUGUGGCCGCCCGCCCUCAUGCCCGGGUCACAGAGGGGCCAGGGCAGUCGCGCAGCCCAGGGACAGAUCAGCCGCUGUCACACGCACAGUGGGUCCGGAGCAGCGCAGUGUGCAGUGGGCAGGGGCUGCCCUGCACCUGGAGAGCUGGCCGUCGGGUCAGCCAGGCGGGCGGUGGGGCCGUACCCAUCCUCCCUGGUCCCCAACUUGCAUCCAAGCCACCCAUGCCUGGUUCUAUUCCCGGAGCCCCCCUGGAAGAACGGACUCGGGGCUGCACUCCUGCCCGCCGGCCCAGGACCCCUCUUCUCGUCACCUGCGACCCAGACGCGGGGCCAUCGCCCGGAUCAGCCCAACUUCUGCAGUGGCCACGGCCUCCCUCCCGCCCUGGGCCACCCCGACCCGGGCCCCGGGCCCGGCCCCUCAGCUCGCCCCGCGUCCAGCCCGUAUGCAAAUAUUCUAGCCACACAGCCAAUGGCCGGUCGAGUCGGGCCCGCCCUGCCAGGCCGCAGCCAGUGGGCGGCCAAUGGGGGCGGGAUCUGGCAAGCUGCCCUGCCCCGUCGCGGUGCGGCCCUUCCCGGGUGAGGCCGGCGCGUUCUUUUCUGCACGUCGGCCUCCGGGAGGCGGCCGCCACCUGCCGGGCGGGGCUGCGGGGCGCAGGCUCGGGUGCGGCCGGGCGCGGGCUCCCCAGCCUGGCGUCCGUGGUGCAGCCCUCUCCAGGUCAUGUCCCGGGCGGGGGUCCUCCCGGCUUCCCGGUGGGUCCGCGUGCAGUUCCAUCCCCACCCCGCUACCCCCGCACAACGUGGCGGAUCCCGCCUCCCAUCCCCGCAGGCGGACCGCCCCUCUCUGACGGCUCUGGGCGCACGUAG